GGAUGAGAAAUCAUCAUCAUUUACCGUAGUUAGCUCGCUGCUAGCUGCCCGGAGCCGACUGCCGAGGUCCUGUGAGCGUACUGGCCGAAAUCAGUACAUUAUUUUUACUUUCGACAGGCGCAACGAUGACCCUCUGACACCAAGGAUGGACAUAAGUUAACAAUGACGGGGGAGAAAAAGAAGAAAAAGCGGCUGAACCGCAGCAUUCUUCUUGCAAAGAAAAUUAUAAUAAAAGAUGGAGGAAGUCCUCAGGGAAUCGGUGAGCCCAGUGUUUACCACGCUGUGGUGGUCAUCUUCCUGGAGUUUUUUGCAUGGGGUCUCCUUACCACCCCGAUGCUCACGGUAUUACACCAGACAUUCCCCCAACACACAUUCCUGAUGAAUGGUCUUAUUCAUGGUGUCAAGGGCCUAUUAUCAUUUCUCAGUGCUCCCCUGAUUGGAGCAUUGUCAGACGUAUGGGGACGCAAGUCAUUCUUGCUGCUUACGGUCUUCUUCACGUGUGCGCCCAUUCCACUGAUGAAGAUCAGCCCAUGGUGGUACUUUGCAGUCAUCUCCAUGUCCGGCGUCUUUGCCGUCACCUUCUCUGUGAUCUUUGCCUAUGUGGCGGAUAUCACGCAGGAGCAUGAGAGGAGCACAGCAUACGGUUUGGUAUCAGCCACAUUUGCAGCCAGCCUGGUUACCAGCCCGGCCAUCGGCGCCUACCUAUCUGUAGCCUAUGGUGACACCUUGGUGGUGAUCCUGGCCACAGCCAUUGCCCUGCUCGACAUCUGCUUCAUCUUGGUGGCUGUACCAGAAUCAUUGCCAGAGAAGAUGAGGCCAGCAUCAUGGGGAGCACCCAUCUCCUGGGAACAGGCAGACCCUUUCGCUUCUCUGCGUAAGGUGGGCCAGGACUCCACGGUGCUCCUCAUCUGCAUCACAGUGUUUCUCUCCUACCUCCCCGAGGCCGGCCAGUACUCCAGUUUCUUCCUCUAUCUCAAACAGGUCAUAGGCUUCACUUCAGAGACAGUUGCUGCCUUUAUUGCUGUGGUGGGGAUCCUCUCAAUACUAGCUCAGACGGUGGUGUUGGGGAUCCUGAUGCGUUCUAUAGGGAAUAAGAACACAAUCCUGCUUGGCCUCGGCUUCCAGAUCCUCCAGCUGGCGUGGUACGGCUUUGGCUCUCAGCCCUGGAUGAUGUGGGCUGCUGGAGCUGUUGCAGCCAUGUCCAGCAUCACCUUCCCUGCCAUCAGCGCCAUCGUGUCCCGUAACGCCGACCCCGACCAACAAGGUGUUGUCCAGGGAAUGAUUACUGGGAUCCGGGGCCUCUGUAACGGUUUGGGCCCUGCUCUCUACGGUUUCGUCUUCUACUUGUUCCACGUGGAGCUGACCGACACAGACAGCUCUGGGAAAGGUGCAAAGUCCAACAUGGCCAACCCCACUGAUGAGAGUGCCAUUAUUCCCGGUCCUCCCUUCCUGUUUGGUGCAUGCUCAGUGCUGCUGUCUCUGCUGGUGGCCCUGUUUAUCCCGGAGCACACGGGGCCCGGCAUGAGGCCUGGCGCCUAUAAGAAGCACAGCAACGGGGCACAGAGUCACUCCCACAGCCCUCAAGGCAGCGGGGCCGAGGGCAAGGAGCCGCUGCUGGAGGACAGCAGUGUAUAACCUCAGCUAAGGGGGGCAGACACCCUUGCUCCAUCCCAACAUCCCCCCCGCACAUAUGGACAGAUAACACACAUUUUACCACAUGGACACACUCUCACCUCAAGCACACAUCAGACUUAAGUGCUAUGAAGAGGUGUUUGUGUCCACAGCACAAAUGUGGGCACUCCUUCCUAAGCAGUCCUUUUUCCUUUUUUAAAGCAGGGUAUUGUGAGGACUCUCUAAAGACCCUGUGUAAGGAGAGUGUCUUGAGUAUUUUUCAGGCUGCAGUGGAACGGUGUGUGUGACUUGGCUGCACUGGACUCUAAUCCUUGAUUUCUAUAAAGCAGUAACAGAGUGGAGUACACAACAGCAACACCUGGUGCAAAACAGAAGUGAUUUGGUUUAGAGUGUGAGUGGUGUAUAUCUCAAAUGCUACUAAAUCCCUGUGUGAUUCUUCAUAUUCCUAUGUAGCCAGUGAAGUGGCAACGUUGUCUGUUUGUCCAACAAGAGUGUAACAAACAGAUAGUUGAGCACUUGUCUAGUGGUCUUUCACAAGCUAACAUCUGUUCGGAUGCUUUUCGUUGGGACUGCAGCUCUGUGAAAGAAGAAGGGAACACAGUUCUUCCUCUGUAUGCUCGGCGGGGAAGCACAGCAACUGUAUACCUGUGCGGGGAGUCGUUGCAGACCAGUGUUGGAGAGGCGCUGCCUAAUCUAGGUUAAGAUGGGUCAAACAGUUCCGAUAUUUAAAAAGGAGGAAAAAAAAAGAAAAAAGCUUCAUAAGACCACACUUUGUUUAAACAUCACACUUCUUACAGAGAGAAGUGUGAGAGAGAGAGAGACCACUUUAUUAGCGGUAACUGUUUUUCAAUGUUUACUUGCCAUUCUCUAGAUAUGUAGUACAGUUUGGGUUGUAUAUUUUUCUCUGUUCAAACUGAAGGCUAGUUGUGCUUCAAAUUCUUAUUCAACAAACAAAUGUUGCCUCGAAGUGACUUAAUAUAUAUAUGUACAUAUAUAUAUUAAUUACGUAACCUGUAUGAAGACCGAGGUCUGAGAAGGCUCUGUAAUCUUACGCUAUCGCUCCCAUCGGAGCAGUUACACAUUUUUUUUUAUUCCUUUUUUGUUUUCAUGCCCUUCCUGUUGCUUUGUUUCCUGACAUUUAUCACCAUCAGGGUUAAGGCUUACAGAACCAUGGUUUUAUUUUGAAAGCCUCUGGACCACUCGGAGCUAGAGCGUUGCUAUCAGCAUGUCAGUGUUGGCACUGACUGUUAAUACGGAGUCUUUGAAUUAAUAUCAUUAGGUUAAACAGAAUAUCACUCGUGCUGCUGCAGUAGAUAAUUCAAAGUAAGUGUGAUGUAAUGUUGUGGAUGAAUAUUUCUACAGUGGUAAUUGGAUAUGAACUCUGAAACGGUUUCACUGAAUCCUUGAUAUUUAAGCUUCCAGUACAGUUAUUAACAGGCACGGCACAUUUCUCAAACAGUAACCAACAACAGAUGGUAGAAAUCUUAGAUGUGAAGCACCUCAUGGAACUGGCUUGUAACUCACAAACUCACAUUUUACAGAUUCUCCACAAGGGGAAGCUGUUUGCUCAUUGUCAGACUCCUUCUAUACAUGCCAACCUGCGCCACCUGAAGGAACAAGGGUAGCUGCAACAGUAGUUCAGAUGUGUGUCGCCUCCUACAGGCAAGGAAGGUAAAAAGCUGCUCCCAUUUUUAGUAGAUUUUCUUGUAAAAGCUGAUAUAUUUGGGUGUUUAAAGUUUUACAUUUUCCACAAACAACUGUUAGCUACGAUAAAGUAAACACAUCGCAUCACUGAGUGUCACUCAAAGUUCAAGAUUCAAGUCAUUAAUUUAUAAAAACAUGUCCUUAUCAACCAGUGCUGACUACCAAAGCAUAGAAAGUAAAUGUCCAUUAAAAAAAAGAAACUACCUUCCAGUGGAUAUUAAAUAUUGAAAUUAAUUGAUUUAAGUAACCAGCAUGGUGCUUGAGGUCAGAAAUGACAUGAUGACAUUGAGAGCAUUGUGAAAUAUGGUCCAGUUAACUAAUUCAAUGUUAAACCUCAACAUGCAGACAUACUACAAACAAAAAGCAUUAAAACUGCAGCUUUGUUACACGUCUUUGCCUGUAGAUGGUGCCCAUCAGUGUGUCUCUCUGCAGGUCUAAAUGCUGCUGUUACUUUUCUUGCCAAUAGGUGGCGCUGGUUGAACAUGAAAUGCAGAUCUGACACUGCUAAUAUGGACUGUGCCUGGUUUUGGGGCUCCGCAUCAGUGACACUGUGUUCCCUUUACUGUGUUAGCAACUGGUCAAUUACCCUUUUUUUUUGUGUGUGUGUGUAAAUUUUAACAGUUAAUUUAUAAAUGCCACAAGUGCAUUUGGAUAGCCAAAUUACAACCUGAUGGGGAAAUAGUAUCUAACAGUGAGUUUCAUCUAUCUGAAGAGAAAUGUAUGUCAUAUAUUUUGUGCCAAAUUUGUUUUCUUUUGUUUGCUAUUUCAUACUGUGUGUGUAUAUGUGUGCUUGUGCACUUGAGUGAUUUGGAUUAUUUUCUUUUUCUCUUGUCUUAAUUUCUUUGGUUGAAGAUUUAAGUUUUAAUGCUAUUUUUUUUAUAUAUAUAUAGCUUUUUAAAUCUUCAUUUAGGAAUCUUUUCAAUAUUGUGGCUAGAUGGUAAAUUAUCGAAUGUCCAUCUGUCUGUUUUUCAGUCUCGGUCUUCAUUUGAUAACAAGCAUUUCACCGCGGUUAGUUGCAUUUGAUAAGCUUAUUUUUCUCCCAGAUUUAUCAGUAGAUCAUAACAAAAGUCACUGAAUGUUCCAAGCCAAGCUGUACAUGUUGACCACACUAUAUCCUCAACAUUUUUGACUUAACCUGUCAUAGUUUGUUUUUUUAUUAUUAUUUCAGAGGGGGUGUUACUAGACAGGGGGCCAUUGGUGUUGAUUUAAACUCUAAAUAUCACACAGUUUCUUUUUUUAUUUUUCAUUUAUUGGACCAACACAUUGGUAAACCCAUAAAUUCAGAUCCUACUUAAAUUGGUAAGAUUCUGCACCAGCCCCAUGUGCACUCGUACAACUUUCAAGCAGACGACUGUAAAUGUACGAAAAUCACCUGUACGUACAGCAAAUGUAUAUAUUUAUUGCUCAAGGAGACGGCCGCCUCUUGGUCUAUUUGGUUGUAUGGUGCAAUUAUUAUUAUUAUAUAUUUCUCAAGACUUACCUGCUAGCCACUCCUGUUUUUAGUACGACGUGGUUUGUGGCCUGAACCCCCUCUCUGUGUGCCUAAAAUUAGCCAAGAAAUGAGUAUGGCAACAUAAGUAAAUGGUGGUUAUUAUGUAAAUAUGGGAAACUAAUGACAAACUAUUUAUUAAAGGUUUAUUGUACAAUGAAA